GUCCCCUGGAAGCAAGGAAGAGUGAAUCAAUCAGCAACAAUGAAGUGGUGUCUAGUACCUCUUUUCCUGCUCCUCUUGAGCCCCGGCACCAAUGCAGCGCAGCCGAGCGGCCGGAUCAAGACGAUAGUCGUGCUCGUCCAGGAGAACAGGUCCUUCGAUCAUAUGCUCGGCUGGCUCAAGAAGCUCAACCCGGAGAUCGACGGGUUGACAGGGAAGGAGAGCAACCCGAUGAACUUAACCGACCCAAGCUCGGGGACGGUGUUUGUCUCGGACAAGGCCGAGUUCGUGGACCCCGACCCCGGCCACUCGUUCGGAGCCAUCCGAGACCAGGUGUUCGGCUUCGGAAGUACUUCGCAGAAUCCAGCACCCAUGAAUGGCUUCGCCCAGCAAGCGGAGAUCAUCCAGAAGAACUUGUCGCAGAGAGUGAUGAGCUCCUUCCGGCCCGAGCUCGUCCCCGCCUACACCGCCUUGGCUAUGGAGUUUGCUAUAUGUGAUAAGUGGUUUGCGUCGGUUCCAGCUUCCACCCAGCCAAACCGGCUCUACAUCCACUCCGCUACGUCCCACGGUGCUGUGAGCAACGUCAGGUCCGACCUCGUCAAAGGAUUCCCGCAAAAAACGAUCUUUGAGUCGAUCGACCAAGACAAGCUGUCUUUCGGGAUUUACUACCAGAACAUCCCGGCCACGUUGUUCUACAGGAACCUGAGGAGCCCCAAGUAUCUCGGGAAGUUCCACAACUACGGCCUCUUCAAGACGCAUGCCAAGCAAGGCAAGCUCCCAAACUACGUCGUCGUCGAGCAGCGCUACUACGACACCAAGGCGACGCCCGCCAACGACGACCACCCCUCGCACGACGUUGCCGAGGGCCAGAAGUUCAUCAAGGAGGUGUACGAGACCCUGCGCUCCAGCCCCCAGUGGAACGAGACGCUGCUGGUGAUAACUUACGACGAGCACGGUGGCUUCUUCGACCACGUUUCCACGCCAAUGGACAACGUUCCCAAUCCAGACGGUCUCAGGGGUGGAGACGACGAUCACUUCAACUUCGACAGGCUCGGUGUCCGCGUCCCAGCGAUUUUCGUCUCUCCAUGGAUCGACAAAGGAACAGUAAUACACCGGCCAAACGGACCGACCAAGGAUUCCCAGUACGAGCAUUCUUCUAUUCCGGCCACUGUGAAGAAGAUUUUCAAUCUCACGCAACCUUUCCUGACGAAGAGAGACGCUUGGGCGGGGACCUUUGAGACUGUCUUGUCUUCCACGCGGACCACACCUCGAACGGACUGUCCUGUGACGCUGCCGAGUUCACCCUGGUCACUCCGGCAUUCUCCUCCAAACGAAGAAGGGCGGCUAACGGAGUUCCAAGUGGAAAUGGUGGGACUCGCAUCGCAGCUUAAUGGUGACUACGGAAAAAGUGGCUAUCCAAAUCUUGGUGCGUCGAUGACAGUCAAAUACGCGUCGGACUAUGUGGAUCGCGCCGUGGAAGGAAUCAUGAGAGCUGGAAAGGUCGCACUUCAAAGUGGCGAGGAUCCGAACGCAUUGAUAGAAGUGCUUCCCACCUCAGAAUCUCGGAAAACUGGAACUUAAAAUUUUAGAUUUGACUGAAGCAAUAUCGGAGAUUUGCCUGUCGGUAAGAAAAAAAUUCAUCAUAGAAUACAAAGAUAUUCAAACUUACGACUUA